ACGGUGUUCGUGGGGUGACCACGGCCAGAAGGUGAAGGCGGGAGGACCUUCCGUUCCCCAUCCCUUCGCCACCCCGCCGGCCCUCCUCCCCCCCCGAAAAAAAGAACCUCAACAACGAUGAAUCCCCUGCUAAACAACCCGCUCAGCGGCGGCUGCGCGUUCCCGUCGGUGGCAGCCGCGCUGCGGUUGCCGGCGGCCUCCCUCUGUACAAGCGCGGGCCGGAGCAGGAGCAGGAGGCCGCAGCCCAGUUUAGCGCGCGCAGGCUCGGAUGGCUCUGACGGCGCCGUCGCCGGCGCAGUAACGGAAGGGGAGGCAGGCGCCGGCGGCCAGCGCGGCGCCUCGGCCGAGCCGGCGGCGGAGAAGCAGCAGCCCGUCGUCAAUCCUAAGAUCGAGAAAGAGCUCAAGAAGGCAGUUCAGAAGACCGCGGCGACGUUUGCGCCGAGGGCGUCCACCAAAAGCAAGAACCCGGCCGUACCCGGAUCCACCCUGUACACCAUCUUUGAGGUCCAGGCGUACGCCUCCAUGCUUGCCGGCGGCGCCCUUUCCUUCAACCUCGUCUUCCCCUCCAGCGAGCCCGACAUUUGGAGGCUCAUGGGGAUGUGGUCCAUCUGGAUGUUCACUAUACCUUCUCUGCGAGCCCGUGACUGCUCAAACAAGGAGAAAGAGGCUCUCAACUAUUUGUUUAUCCUGGUCCCUUUGAUCAACGUUAUCAUCCCGUUCUUCGUGAAAUCGUUUGCAGUUGUCUGGUCAGCAGAUACGGUCGCCUUUUUCGUGAUGUAUGCAUGGAAGCUUGGAUGGCUGCAAAAGUCCGAGUGAAGACUAUCCUGAUUGAGGAGCAUUCUACCUGCAAUUUUUGCUGGUUUCUUUCUAGGGCACAGGUUGAUCAAAUUUCAAGAUAUAGCGUCUGUAUAGCCCUUUAAAGUUUUGUGUAUACCCAUGAAGUACGGAGAAAUGCGAUUUUGACAUCAGAUUGUUAAAUAGAUGUAACUGAGGGCCAACAUUCAUUAUUAACUAGGAACCAUGCAGCAAUGUUAGAUAUUGUUAAUAUGUGUGUGUUUAUUCUAAAGAUUGUACCUACUGUAUCAAAUGUUCCAGGUCCAGCUACUUCAAGGCACAUUUAUGGUUCAAGUGACUUGGGUUUUUUGGGGGCAA